AUGUCUGCAGCAAGAAAAGAGCUCCAGGCGGCCUUGCUCCACUACACCACAGAUACCCUGACCUUCAUCCACACAGUGAGAGGAUUCUCCGAGAUGUUCCCCAGGUGGAUGCUGAGGAGGGAGACAGAGUUAGACAUGAUGAUGGACAUCAAAGAGAGAGCCGACCAAAUCGACCUAAGCUUCUCCCAUGUUACCAACUCAGGGGGCAAAGGAAAGGCUUUUGUGGAAUACAUGAAGAGCACGUUCCAGAUGAAGACAGACAGCAAGUAUGAAGAGCUGGAGAAAGAGCUGACCGAAGUGUUGAAGGACACCCUGGAAGGUCUGGAGAAGCUCAGCUGUUUCCUGGAUGCAGUGGAGAAGCUGGCGGUCACCUCCCUGCACGUGUUCACAGAGAACAAGGUGUUGCACGUGCCUGAAAAGAUCAGCUUUAGUGAUGUUCAGACCGUCAUCACGGCCGCUCGACUCAUCUGUCCUCUCCUCCUGGAGUUCAGAAGAGAUGCAAACGUCUUCUUCCUUCCUAAACGGCAGAAUUUAGACGUGCUGGCAUAUCAGCUAGACAAAUACAUCCAGACCAGCAAAACCAUCUGUGAGAAAAUGGAGAAGAGCUGUUUCAGUGACUUUCCCCUGAAGGAAAUUGUGAUCAACAUCGAUGAUUUUUCAGAAAACAACACUCAGAGGAUGCUUGAUCACAUCAGUCAGCUUGAUGAAAUCAGAAUGGACCCAUACUUCCGGACGGUGUUUUUGUUCCAGGAAGAAUCAUCUGAUCACUUCAUCAGAGAGUUCAGCGAGCGUCAGCCCCGGAUGUUGGAGUUUCUGAACGAGCUGGAGCAGAACGCCGUUCAGUUGGACCGGAUGAAUAAAGGAGCAAAGAUCUCCAGUGUUGCAGGCAGCUCUGUGGGGGCGGUCGGAGGGGUGCUCUCCAUCAUCGGCUUGGCGUUGAUUCCAGUUACAGCAGGGGUCUCUCUCGCUCUGACGAUGACCGGUCUUGGGAUGGGGAUCACCAGCGGAGUCAACAGCAUCGUCACCACAGCGACUGAGGUUGGAGUUAAUCGCACACAUCAAAAGAAAGCCAGUGAAGUGUUUCAAAGCUUUAUGGAAGAUGUGACGAGACUUCAGACAUGUCUGGAAGAAGUGACCCGACAAACGGUUAAACUGGAAACAAGUGGCAUCGAGGUGGCCUUAGGAGUAGGCAAAGUGAUCUUUAAAACUGGAACUAUUGGGAAAAGCAUCGAUUCGAUCAUUGAUACUGCCUCUACUGUUAGACUGUUAAAAACUGAAGACCUCAUUUCAGGUGCUGGCAAGGUGGUGGUUCAGGAAGGAAAGGCGUUGCGUAACAUACCCAGGGUGGCCUCAGAUAUCCCAGACGUUGGUCAGGCAGCUGCUAAAGGGACUCUUGCUGUGUCAAACUCAGUCAGAGCCAGUAUGAUUGCGCUCAACGCACUCUUCCUCGGUAUGGACAUCUUCUUCAUCUGUAAAGACGGCAUGAGUCUGGCCAAAGGCAGCGAGACUGAUGUCUCCCUGUUCAUCAGAGCCAGAGCUGCACUCUGGAGCUCAGAGAUAGACUCAUGGAAGAAGAUCCACGACUCGCUGUGUAAAGGUCUCGUAACAUCUGGGAAAAAGGAAGCCGUUCUGGAGACACCGUUUUAUCUGGACACCGGGAUGGAGAAACUGGAAGAAGAGGAGGAGGAAGUUUAUUCUGAUGCAGUGGAUGAAAAACAGAUUGUUAAAAAGAUGUGCGUGGCACAGUAA